AUGUAUUUGGUGACAACAAUCUGCACAUGUGGAAAAAUGGAUCAAAAGUUUCGGCUUUUUAUCGAAAUCCCGAUAAUACCCUUUACAUAUAAAAUGGUUGGAAGGUUUGGAUGCCGGCUUAGCAUCGGUGUUGGAAUCGAUGGAAUUCUGUUUGAAGUUGCGGGGUUCGGAAGCUUGUGUUUUGGAGGACUUAGCAAAAGCUAUCAAUCUGGUGCAUAUCAGGAAGGAUCUUGUGGAAAGUGGUCACGCGUUGCUAAACCAUGCUUAUCACAAUCAACAAGAAUACGAAAUGAAUGAGGGUGGAACUGGAAUCCGUGAUUCCGACAGAAUUGGAAUAUGUGAUUCCAUUCCGAUGCCAAAUAAAUGGAGUUCAAUUCUAUCCGAAGGUGGAACCAGACUCAGUGAUUCCGACAGAAUUGGAAUCAGUGAGUCCGACGGAAGCAAAACCUUACAAAAACUUCAAAUGAAAACUAAAAUUGCAAGAGAACCUUUUGACAUUAUGGUUAGUGUAAUGGAAUGUAUUUUUGUAUAUGUAUGAUAUCUUAUUUUGCAUUAUUGGACAUUAAAU